AUGACUCUUUUCCUCUUCUCUGUGAUGGUGAACAGCUACCUGCUGAUCGCGCUGAAGAGCUCAGAUAGCUUCUCCUGGCGGCGUCGCUAUACUCUGCUGAAGAAUCUGAUCGUCAGUGACCUGUUGCUGUCUCUCGCUCUGUCGCCCACCGUGCUCCGCUGCCUGUUGACCAGGCACACACUGGUGUUUGGAGGCUGGUACCUUUUGCAGGUCACUGUCUGUAGCACAGGCAUCCUAUGCUCUCUGCUCACUCUGACCCUCAUGGCCGUGGAGCGUUUCAUCUUUAUAUGCCUCGGCCUCCAUUACAUGGUCAUCUUGACUUCCAGGCGACUACGUCUGGCCAUAGUGCUGACCUGGGUGCUUUCAGUGACCGUAGCUGUUGUCCAAGUGGGUCUUCUACUCUCUGGACAGACCUCUUUUGGCAGAGCCAUUCCAGGGCUACUAUGCAAUCCCAUAAUCAUGGAUAAACUACCUGGCCUUCACUGGGCAAUGAAGAUGUUCCACGCAGUCACUAUCAAUGUUGUACUUCUCGUCUGCAUCUUGACCUUCUCCAUCUGCUACAGACGCAUGUACCAAGCGGCCCGCAGAGCCGUGGAACCCUUCCACUCUGACAAUAAUCUCGCCCGUCACACCAUCACCUUCUAUUUCUUUAUGUUCUUCCUGCAGCUGCUGCCCAUCAUGGGGAAUAUAGCCAGAUUGGUGCUAAGGAAAGCCAUGUCCAUGACACCUCCUGAUAAUUUGUCACUGGCGGAGCGCUCAAUGUUUUUAACUGCGUUAGUGGCGUUCAUGGUACCACCAUGCAUCAACCCACUUGCCUACGGUAUUCGGAACAUGGAGGUACGGCACACACUGGCACAGCUGUUCAGACUGCAGCAGAGGAGGCUGGGAGAAGUGGCCUAA